CUUACAAGUUACUCCUACAUAUCUUGGUCUUCUUACAAGUUACUCCUGCUUAUUAGGCACGCAACAUGUAGUGUAUAUAUGUGUGUGAAAUUAGAUAAGUGCAGUGCAGUAUAGCAUGGCUUCUUACAAAUUACUCCUGCUUAUCUUGGUCUUUGCUGGUGCAUUUAUUCAAUAUAUUAAUGGCAAGCUAUCUCCAAAGUACUACUCAUCUACAUGCCCAAAUGCAUUCUCUAUCGUGCAAGGCGAAGUUAUCGCAGCAAUUAAGAACGAAACACGCAUAGGGGCUUCGUUACUCCGCCUGCAUUUCCAUGAUUGCUUUGUAAAUGGCUGUGAUGCUUCAAUACUGCUGGAUGAUACACCAGGCUUUAUUGGUGAGAAAACAGCAGUUCCAAAUAACAACUCGGUCAGAGGAUUUGAAGUAGUUGAUCAGAUUAAAGCCAAGCUUGAGAAGGCAUGCCCCGGAGUGGUGUCGUGUGCUGAUAUUCUUGCUCUAGCUGCGCGUGACUCUGUAGUACAUUUGGGUGGCCCUUCAUGGAACGUUGGUUUGGGAAGAAGAGAUUCCACUAGUGCUAGUAGGAGUGCUGCAAACACCUCCAUCCCUCCACCCACAUCAAAUAUAAGCAGUCUCCUCUCGAGCUUUGCUGCUCAGGGUCUAUCCUUGAGGGAUUUAGUCGCACUUGCAGGAUCUCACACCAUUGGCCUGGCAAGAUGCACAUCAUUCCGAGCACGCAUCUACAACGACACCACUAUUGAUGCCGUCUUUGCCAAGUCAUUGCAGAGCAAUUGCCCAAGAACCGGAAAUGAUAACAACCUUGCAAGCCUUGACCUCCAGACCCCAACAUAUUUUGACAAUUUAUAUUACAAGAAUCUGCUGAAAGAAAAGGGUCUUCUUCAUUCAGACCAGGAGCUCUUCAACGGAACAUCUGCUGAUGCUCUGGUAAAAAUAUACGCAAGCAACACUUUCAAAUUCUUCGAAGACUUUGCCAAGUCCAUGGUCAAAAUGGGAAAGAUAAAGCCUCUCACAGGAAGCCAGGGUGAAAUCAGAAUCAAUUGCAGAAAAGUCAAUUGGAAGUAACAAAGUAGCAUUCAAAUAUGUAAGUAGACUUGAACAUAAGAUGGAUAUGUACUUGUAACAUAUCCAGCGACCAUUUUCUUUCCAAAACUUUGUGGUAUAUUGAUAUCAUGGCCAAGCACAAUAAACUAUCCGUAAAGAGUGAACUACUUUCUUCCUGAA